CGUUAGUAUAACAGAGGAAGAUUUGACUCUUCAAGGUCAUCCUAUGUUGUCAUAAUCAUAACCAUUUGCUUGUAGUUGUUAACGAAUAUGGUUUUCUCCCUCCACCAAGGUUAUAUACGUGGAGUCUAAAACACCCUAUUAUUCUUACUUUCAAACAGUUGGUCCAGCUGUAUGGAUAUUGCUUCUCUCCUUGAAUGGAAACUUAACUGUUUCGAACAAUCUUUUAACACCGUAUACAAUCUUUCUAGGCGUUUUUCGAAUAAGGGAAAUAAAUGCACAUGUGCUAAAAUUGCGGUUCAAGUUGAUAACAAAGAAACAGUCAAUACCUAUGAUGUCGAUUCUGAUAGCGCGCUUAUAAGGGAAGUAGAAGAAGCUCUUCAAAAAGCACACUUAACUCUUUCUCCACAGAAGACAAAAAAGGAGCCUAUCUCCGUAGAUAGGCCUAGCAAGAGUGUCCUGAAAAUGUGUCAUGGAAACACUUGUAUAAAGAAGUCGAGACCUGAUAGCAGCGGACCUAUAACAAAGCAGCGGAAAUAUAUUCCUGCCCACUAUAAAGCUCCCUAUAAAACGGAUUUGCACAUACCAAACCGUAAAAAGUUAUUUACAUUAGGACAGCCAGUAGCAUCAUUUCCACCAACGAUGGACAACAAAAAUAUGAGUGACAGAACCAUAAAAAAGAUCAAUGAAACCAGUACUAAACAGGAAAAUCACACAGAAGUGAAUUUUUUCGAAGAUAUAAAUUUAUUAUGCCAUCCAGCUUCUACAUGUGACUGCUACCAAUAUCAAACCCAUCAGCAGGCUGCUUUAAUCGAAAAAUAUAAUAAAAGUGUUUCAUGCUUGUGGCUCUCGAUCUCACGUACCAGGCAAUUAUUAAGAUCGGAAGAUAGAAGUAUUAUAGUUCAGUUUUUUAAAAACAUCCCCAUGGAAUCCAAACUGUUUUCUAGUAUGUGCUUUGCCAUUCAAAAGUGUGACUUUGCCAUCACUUUGUUCGAAAAAUUCACUAGUCUUGUGAGUUUCAUUGAUGUACAGAAAGUCAGUCAAGAUGAAAUUAAUUGGAUUCAGUACGUUUUUUCAAGAUUCAGCCUCAUUUUAAAACUGUUGGAAUUACUGAUGACAAAGGUGAACCCUGAUUCAAGCGACUUGUCAACAACGAAUGUCCUUAAUGGUCUUCUCACUCAUAAUGAUCCCAUAAGUGCCUGGUUUGCUUCAAAACACCCAGUUAAACUAGUUGCUCCUCCAAGUCCAUAUGAAGCGUUUCUGACUAUAGGCAACUGUCCUAGCACUCCGGGAGCAUUUUCCCGUUUAUUAGCGUUAACGGCAUGGCCUCAAAUGUGUGUAUUCAACGGCAGCGCGAAACAAGCAUUAUUAUUUACAAACCUUUGGAGUGAGCUUGAAUCUGUCCAAACAGAACUCGAACUUUUAAACACUUUUAAAGCAAAUCUACCUAAUUUGCUUGUGGAUCAUCUAUUCACAAAAACGAUGUAAGUCUGUGAUCAUUUGAUGAGGAAAUGUGUUCUCAUGUUAGUUACAUUUUUAACUUGGUUACUACUUAAACAUUUCAUAGCAAAUAGUGUUAUCGGUUUUUUGCUUUUCUAUUUUUAUGAAUAAUAAUACUGGAAUUUGAAGAGAUACCACUAGAAGGUUAAUCUAUCAGUCUUUUUUGCUGUUAAUUAAGCGAAUUGAUUUUGCGAUACAAAUAUGAUUUUAAAUAUCCCCUUUUGGCAAAAACAGCAUUUAUAAACCAGAUAUUUUAUGCAUUACCUGGAUCGUCAAAUAACACCUUUUCGCCAUUAAAAUUAGUCAAGUUUAUGCAUCAAUCAUGCGUCGGCUUUCCGUAAUUUAUACACACUCGUUUGCGGAAACAGUCCAUUGAUUUUGAAAAGCAACGUAUAAAUGACAUUCUACACAUCUCCAUAUCUUGUACAUUUCAUAUAUGCUAUAGAAACAGAUUGGCAAACAUGUGCAAACUUUUUUUUCUAGCUAUUAAAUGACGCAUCAUGUUAUAUUCAUUCUCUUAAAAUUGCCACAACAUAGUCGAAAAAUAUUUUUUAAGUAAAAAGACAACUUUUAUAUAAUUUGUAGAAAUUUAUCAAAACUUACUAUCAAACUACCUAGGUUACUUUUAAUAUACAAUCUUAAAGCAGAAAUUAAUCAUUUUUAUUGACUUUAUGUUUAAAUUAUUGUACAUUUGUAUUUUACAUUUGAAUAUACUGGUUAAGCGGAGAUUCUUGACAUAUUUUUAGUUUUUAUUUGGAUGCAUUUUUCCAAAUAUUACUAGAUAAAACUAAAUUUAUAGAAAUCAAAUAAUCAGAUCAUUGAAUUCCUAUAAAGACAACUUGUUUAUAUAAAUUAAAUUUUCGGAGAUAAAAAAAAAGAGCUUUAUCAUAAUAAUUAUGUAAAUACCAGAAUACUCUAUUAAAUAAAAUCUUUGUCACCAGGAUUAUCAUGAUAUUGAAUUGGAAGAAGUUUGUAAAGAAAACUCGUGUUUUUA